GAUCAUUUAACAAAACAAAUCAAAAACAAACAAAAAUGUUCAAAUUUGUCCUUAUCUGCGCCUUGUUGGCUACCGCCGCCACCGCUCAACGUCACGGUCAUGGUCAUGCCCAGGCUCGUGGUUUCGCCAACACCCGUGGUGUUAGCAAAUCAGUUUCAGCCUCCAGUGAUGAUGUUCAUGCUGAAAUCAUCUCAGCCGCUUCUGAUGUACGUCCCGAUGGUUUCGAUUACCAUUUGGAAACCACCAAUGCCAUCAGUGCCAAGUCUAGCGGUGAUGCUUAUGGCAAUGUACAGGGUGAAUUCCAAUGGAUUUCUCCUGAGGGUGAACAUAUCGCUUUGAGCUAUGUUGCCGAUGAAAAUGGCUACCAACCCAACAGCGCUGUCUUGCCCACCCCACCACCAAUUCCAGCUGCCAUCUUGAGAUCUUUGGAAUACAUUGCCAGCCAUCCACCCAAGCAAGAAGUCCAACAUGGUCGUAGAUUCUAAGAAUGUUAUUGUUGUUAACCCAGUAUUUGUUGGAAAUCAAUAAAUGAUUUGUUUUAAAUAUUAAUUAAAAAAAAUUAUAA